AUAAAUUGCUGACGUUGUUGAUGAGGUGUCGCGCAAAGAAUGUUUCCCUUUCUUUCGGGGAGCAAAACGAGUUCGUGAAUCAGUUCGUGAGUUCGUGAAUCUCGGAGGCUGCGGAGAUCGUUGCUAGAUGCGAAUCUCCACGUUCCGACGUGUGGGUCGGGUUUGCGGUGUCCGCUUCGUGACGAUUGCCAGUUAAGCUAAUCGCUAGGAGACUUACUUCGGAGGGCAAGCCACCGGAUUCGAAACACCGACGGACUGGCUGAUUCAUCGUCACCAAAGCUUCGCGCUGCAAUCGCGCAGCAUCUCUCAGUAGUCCGCUGUAACAGCGCGUACCGGCGACCGGUUUGCGAACGUUGCCUGGCGACCGAGCGCCGCAUAGUUGGCAGAGGAUGUCGUCCGCUUCCAAGAGCAAACCGAAGAAGAGCAGCAACCUGCGCAUCCUGUGGAUACCGGGACGGAAGAAGCACAACCGCAAGGGAACGUUUAACGCCACAAAGAAUGGGCUGCCGCAGAACUACGGGAUGCAGCCGCGUAAAAACGAAUCCUGGACCCUCGGCGGACCGCUGAAUCAUAGUAAAAUCAUAAACGCAAACUUUUUUUUCAGAGAUCUGCACGAAAACAACCUUGAUCUCGCCGGGAUCGCGACGGCCACGACCGGUGCGAUGAGUGUGGCGGCAAUGGCGGUGAAAAGCACCGAUCUGGACAGCGCGAACCACCUGGAACCGAUGCCCUCUACCUCCCAGCAGCAGCAGGCGGCUGAGGAAGGAACCACUUCCGGUGGAUCACCGCCCCCGUUGAUCGCCGUCGGUACGAUCGAGUUGAACAAUUUGAACGGGGAUGUUGCAAGUAACAAGGAAAAGGAGAUCGCCAGCAGCAAUCAGUUUGAGCCCCUGGCACUGAUCGACGAAGACGAGGAGCGCGAGGAGAAGGAUCGCAACUGCUCGAACGCGCAGUCGUCGUCGUCGCUGCUAUCGUCGAACAAUGAUAACCGAUCGUCGGAGAACGUACACCACGCGGACACGCUCGCGAUCGGCGAGCAGCACCGACGGCGGCGGCGCCGGAGUGCCGCAUCGAAGAAAAACAGUGCCGAGGACAUCGAUUCGAUCGAUCAAGCGGACAGUGCGGUCGAUGUAACGCACCCGCUGGGGGAGCGUGAAACGCCGUUCGAUGAUUGUGAUGAGGAGGAGGAGCGCCCCUCGAGGAGAAACCACCAGCAAGCGGGGUCCGGGCAUCCGGUGGGGGUCAAACGACGGAACAAACCACGGAACCGCUCGGGCAGCCGACGGCGACAGCAGACGCAAACGACGCCGGAAUCAGUGAUUCUGCAGGACGAACCGGAUGGCGAAGUAAAGGACAACGAGGUGUAUGAAAAAACGGUCACCUGUCUUUACUGGGCGCUAGCUUGUUGGGAUUGCAGCAUUUCGUAGAGCGGCACGCGUAGCGCCAAUUGUAGAGUAUUUAUGUUAUGAACACGCAACGCUAUAGCUAACCAUUAAUUAGUUAGGGAAACUUGGCCGUCAUACGGCCGUCUCCUCUUCCCACGAGUUAGGAUAGAUGUAGGGUGUAUACAGGAAGGCAAGCUAAUCAACAUAGACUCAAAGCAGUAGAGUGUACCGUAUUUUCGAACCACUUUUUGUCGACGGAUUUGAGCGAACGCCGCACGGCGGCUUGAUGUUGCGGUUGUUUGGAGAUUUUUUGACAAAAUAGGCACCGCACCGUACCGAUCGGCCUAUUGCACGGGGUGUCUAUUACAACGGAAACCUAAUUUAUGAAGCAACAAACACUGAACUAGACUUAAGCGAACCGAUUUUUAUAAACCUA